CAACCCUGAUAUCUCGGCUGCUGCCGAGCCAAAUUCCGUAGGUCCCCAGGUAUGGUCGAUCUGCUAAAUUUGAACAUCCAGUCGGAGACGUGCUAGUGUUCGAGCCUGGGAAUAGGCCAUUCGGGAUCAUCAUCAUUCUUUUCACGAAGAGUACCUUACCUUGAUUCGUCAGUCAGGGACUCAGCAGCCAUGGGCCACCUCAGCACGCUUGCUGGCGUUCUCGCCCUGACGGGGCUGUUUGACGCUGUAACAGCUCAGUCCUGCUCCGGCGUCACCGGCCGCUACCAGCCCAAGAUGGGUUCCGGAUACCGAGUCAGCGUCCUUGCCAGCGGCCUCCGUCAACCACGGCACAUAGUCGUCGACUCAGCGGGUAACUUGCUGGUAGCCGAAGGAGGUAGCACAGGCGUCAGACGGCUGGUCCUGCAAGAUAAUGGAAACAUUGUUUGCGCGAGCUCCAACACUCAGAUUCUUACCGGAUCGACGAACCACGGUAUUGCCCUCAGCGCCGACGGAAAGACGCUAUUUACCUCGAAUCUUGCUUCUGUCACAGCUUACUCUUACGAUGCCAGUACCGGCCAAGUUGGCACCGGCAGGCAGAUCGUGACGGGCAUGAGCAACACGGGAACGCACCCGACACGGGCUAUUGCCACGUCCAAAUGGAGCCCGGACACGAUUCUGGUGGCUCGGGGCUCCAACGGAAAUAUCGACACAAGCACCACCGAUCGAUCGUCUGGACGAAGCAUGAUCAAGGCCUUCAGCAUCAGCCAAGGCAUGACAACCGCUCACCAAUAUAACACGGGCGGUGAGGUUCUCGCUUGGGGUCUUCGCAACAUUGUCGGCUUGACCGAGGAUCCCAACACUGGCGGUGUUUGGUCUGUUGAGAACCAAAUGGACGAUCUCCGCCUUAACGGCCGGGAUAUCCAUACAAACAAUCCUGCUGAGCGGCUCAGCUACCACGGCGCGCUGAACGACACCAACAACCGGUACAAGGGGCUCAAUUAUGGAUAUCCGUCUUGCGUGCCCGCGUGGGAUCCUGAGAACGUGGGUAUCAGCGGCCUGUUGGUCGGGAGUUUGUUCAAACCGGACGGCGUCCCGAACGCCAACGACUGUGCCAACAGAAUGACCGGCCGCCUUCACUUCCACGCCCACACCGCCCCGCUCGACAUCAAGUUCAACGCCAACAGCACAGCCGCCUACAUUGCGUUCCACGGCAGCUGGAACCGCAACCCGGCCGACGGGUACCGCGUCAUGCGCGUUGACUUCAGAAACGGCCAGCCCGUGGCCGACGUCACCAGCAAGACGGCCCAGAUCCCCGUCAUGGAAAACUCCAACGUGGGCGCCUGCCCCAACAGCUGCUUCCGCCCUGUCGGCCUGGCCUUUGACCAGAAGGGCCGCUUGUUCGUCUCGAGCGACACGUCGGGUGAGAUCUAUGUCAUCUAUGGUGCUUAAGGAAAGGGUGGCUGUGCAGUUGCAAAAGGGAAUAUUGGGUACCUACCUGUUUGAGAGUGUGAAAAGACGGGAGUUGUGAUAAGACGCCGCACUAAUGAUAGAGCACAAUCAUGAUGCAAUGCCAGGUGUCAGGUGUUAGUGUAUGUACCUCAGGUACUUGGUGGUUCCUCCUGCUGCCGGUCGGUACCCAAGCUCUUGUGAGCACCUUCCCUUCAUAUUGACCCCGAAUCAGACAAAGUAUCUGGGUACCUAGGUAC